GUGAAAAAUUUGGUUAAGCUGUGUAACCGCUUCGCCGAUCAAUAAAUGAAUUGAACAGUUUUCUUUUUGUUUUGCUCUUCUGAUGUGCUUUAAUUUCAAUUUUUAAUUAAUUUCAGCUUGAUUGUGAUAUUUUAUCAAUUUGACAUCACUUUAAUUAAUGACUCAAUGGUAAUAUUGAACCUUCGUUAACUCUAGAAAAUGUGCUUUUAUUUGUUUUGGUUCAUCAAAGGUCUUCUUUAGAUACACUCUUAUGCUUCCUCUAUUGCAAUAUUAGUCGUCUGUCACUCCUUUUCCUAAAACCAUUAAACUUCUGUGUGCCAAUUAUUCAAUGAUUGACUUGCUGGUUUGGAUUUACUCGAGAUUUACUUGAGAUUUACCGUUUAAGCUAUAGAUCUACGCAUUGGUUAAAAGACUAUGAAUAUCAGCCGAUAAAACAACCGACCUGACAAGAUGAUAAAUAGCUUCAAUCAAUCGACUAUGUCAUUUGAAUCAAGCAAGGAUCAAAAGGAUCUCAUUGGAAAUGCGAAGUCAUGGAUGUAUCCCUUUAUUGAUACAAUUGAUUCAUCCAAUUGGAGAAGAUACAAGGUACCAUGAUGAAGAUAGAGUUGAUUGUUUUGCAGAUAAUCUUGAUAGUGACAGGGAGAAUAAUGGUGAUUUUGAUUAUGAUGAUAAUGACGGUUGCAAUGGUUUUCAUUUCGGCUCCAGAUCAAGAAACCCAGGAGAAGAAAAUCUUAAAGAAUUGGAAAUACGAAAUAAAGCUUCAAUUGCUCUGAGAAAUAUAGUAAAAUACAGUGAAGACACCAAAGCCGGUAAAAAGGAAAUAAAAGUGCUUCAACUUUUGGAGGAAAUUCGAGGGUUUUGUGACAAAUUUAAACGUGGUAAAGGAGAUUUAAGUAUUUCUAUGGAUCAUCCAAGUGAAGCAACAUCUCAUUUAAUGAAAAUUUCAUUUGAUGAAGAACAUCGAGUCGCUAUUUGUCUUCUUGGUGGACUCCAUGCAAUCGCUGAAUUAAUAUUUUUUGAUACUAAAUAUCAUGGAAACACAACAUCACCGCAAUGCAUUACUGUGAGACGUUAUGCUUUCAUGGCUUUAACCAAUCUUACAUUUGGUGAUGGAACCAAUAAAUCAAUUUUAUGUUCCAAUAAAUUAUUUAUUAGAAGUCUCAUUGAACAAUUGUAUUCACCAUCAGAAGAGCUUCGUCAAGUGACGGCUUCAGUUUUAAGAAAUUUAUCCUGGAAAGCUGAUGAUCAAGGAAAAGACACUCUCCGAGAAAUGGGUGCAGUUCGUAUGCUCAUGAGAGCUGCUCUUGAAGCAAGAAAAGAAUCUACUCUCAAAUCAAUUUUAACAGCUCUUUGGAAUCUGUCAGCACAUUCAACAACAAACAAAGCAGAGAUUUGUGCUGUUGAAGGUGCUCUUAAAUUUUUGGUAUCAACUCUGAAUUACCAAUCACCCAACAAUACCAUGGUAAUAAUUGAGAAUGGUGGUGGAAUAUUGAGAAAUGUUUCAAGUUACAUUGCUCGACAUGAGCAUUUACGAACAAUCCUUCGAGAGUUUGAUACUCUUUUCAUUCUCUUAGAACAGCUCAAAUCACCUUCUUUAACGAUUGUCUCAAAUGCUUGUGCUACCCUUUGGAACCUGUCCGCUCGCUGUCUUCAAGAUCAAUUGAAACUCGUUGAAUUGGGUGCCAUUCCCAUGCUGCGAAAUCUUGUUAACUCAAAGCACAAGAUGAUCUCAAUGGGUUCAGCAGCAGCUUUGAAAAAUCUUUCCUCGGUGAAAAAUUUUGAGGGUAGAUCCCUCAAUAGACUUACCUACACUUGUUCAAGACCCACCAAUAAAACUACCGAAUUUAAAUCGCCAUGCAAUCUGAUUGAACUUCCAUCUAUAAACUCUAAAAAGGUUAAAAGUGAAAUAAUUGAAGAGGAAAAUGAAGAAAUUUUGAAGAAAGAAGAAACGGUGACAAAAAGUUCAGAUGAUAAUGAAUUAAUUACUAAUCCAGCUCAAAACAUUUCCAUCAUUUCUCAAAAUCAAUCGAUUAGUUUUGGUGACAAUUGUAUUACCUCAACAGAUGUAACGCCGUUAAUGUUUUCAAGAACAAGUUCACUUGGUUCAAUUUCGGGCUUAGAAGCAAAAUCAAAUGCUACUUCGCAAUCAUCUGUUCGCUCUGAAUUCAGUAAAAUUGCCAGUGGCCCUGUUUCACCAACAGAUUUACCGGAUUCACCUACUCAGACAGAAUCUUUAACAUGUUUGUUAAACGGUUAUCCUGAUGACAAAAUUCAAACAAAUGUGCAAUCAUUCCAACCAUUUGAUUUAAAAGCUGUUGAAAAAAUCCAUUGUUUUGGGACAAAAUCAUCUGAAGAGCAUUUAAAAUCAAAUCAAGAGAAAAUUUCCGAACUUAUUUCUACUCAAAUUAAUGAAUCUAUUUGCACAAAAGUUGAAAAAGCUACUCAAAUCAUUAAUCAAGUCCAAGAAGCUUGUAACCGUGGGAUCGCUGAGAACAACAUGGAUUCAAUGAAAGGAAGCAACAGCAAUGAUAUUCUUAGUCAACCAAUUGCUCAUGAAUCCAUCUCAUUGUAUUCACUUGAAUCUAGCGACAUCAACAGUAUUAAACCUCCUUCAUGUAUUGAUGAGGCUUCAUUGAGCUUGGAAUCAUCCAAUUUCCAAUCCAUUAAGACAACAACUCUUCGUGCUAAUCGAUCAAAAUCAACACAUGAAGUUCAAAAUGAGAAUAGUAACACUGGACAUAGCACUUCUGUUCCAACAACACCGGUUAAAAAGGCAUCUUCCAAUGGCAACUUUUCCUCGAAAACUUUUGUGGUCCGUAAAAGAGUUGGUAACAUUCCAGGUGGAACUUCAGAAAAUGAUAAUUGUAGUAAUAUUAAUACCAUUAACGCAAGUGGAAUUAAAAAUCGUUCAGUUUCAACAAAUAAAAUGUGCAAUUCGGCUUCCAUCCAUAAUAUUGAUAAAAUGAAUGGAAAUUUUCAAUCAUCUGUAUUAUCUGGUCAUAACAAUUCAUCCACAAUCUCAUCUUUGAACAAAAAGACUCCAGUCCAGAGUAAAAUUGCUUCCCUUUGGAAACGCUCUCAUCCAGAGAAAGAAAAUGUUACAACUCAAGGUUAUGUUCCUCCAAAAGGUGACAACAGUUCUAACCUGGUUAAAUCAAACAAGGGAACUGGAACUGGUAAAACGAUACCAACUUCAUCUACAACAAUAACAUCACCCUCAAAUUCAACUGCUAAUAAUUCAUCACCGGCAACAGUAACUUUAACUCGGAGUUCAACUUAUGAGAAGCUCCCCUCAUCGCCCAGUGAAGCUAUUAAGAUGCAAUCUAACUUACCAGCUUCACGAAAAGAAACCAAAGAGAUGCCUAGUCGUGUACCUUUGACCAAAAAUCGAAUAAGACCAGCUCAAGAUCAAAUAACAGCUACUUUAAAGCAAUCAAAAAUUGUGCGAUUAGAGAAGCGAAAAGCAUCACUGGUAAAUUGAUUGUAAUCAACAAUUUAAGAGGAAAUUGUCAAAACAAUGCGGAAUUGUGACUAAUUUCAGAUAAAUGUCCAAUGAAUGUGCAAAGUAAAUUAUUGUAGAGUAUGAAGCAGUUUGUUUUUAUACCAUUUUGUGAUGCUAACCAAAGCUAACCAGCAGAAAUGGCAGUUGAAGGUUACUUUGAAAUCUUCUGAUUACUUUAAUGUCAACUGUCAUCACUAGUCAGUGUAUAUCAAUUGUAAUCACCUGAAACAUGAAAAAGAACCUCCAAUACUCAUUAAAUACCUUCUGAUUAAAUUGAAUACCUUUAAUUUAA